AUGGACAGAAGGUCUGCUAGAAUAAAAGCAGAGUUAGAAAGAUAUGGCUGGAGAGUUUCAAAGAAGUUUAAAUAUAGGAAGGGAAGACCCAUAAAAGUCUAUGACAAAUUGUCUGGUCUUCGCUAUGAAAUGGACUUAGAAACAGCACGCGCAAAUUAUCCAAACAGACUAGAGAGGUUAGAAGAAGAACGUCUUAUGGACAUGCCUUUCGAUGUUAGUGAACCGCAAGUUGAAGGACACGACGGCUUUGCCAGAUUCUACUGGAAACAUGACGAACAAUUGCAUCCUUUGAGAAGGAAAAAAGGAAAAGGUGAAGACGCACAUGCUCCCAUGGAAAGAACAAGAUAUGCAUAUGAAAAGUACCGUGAAGUUAGAAGCCAAAUUACAUCUGGGCGAACCUUUACAGUAAACUUUGACGAAGGAAAGAACAAAGAAGGCUUCAUGGGAGUACUUGCUGCAAUUCAAGACGGAAAUAAGAAAGGAUACAAUCUCAGACUAACCGUAAAAGAUUUGGAUGGUCACAUUUACUAUGCACAUGGCAAUGUCACAACAGCUGCACAACUUCUUGACGCUUUCAAGACUACAAAGAGAGAACAAAUGGUUGAUUCCGACUCAGACAUUUUGAAUGCAAUUGAAGGAAUUGCAAGCGUGAAGUUCGAAUGGUACCAACCUAACCCUCAAGCAGUCAGACAACAUGCUGGAUACUUCCCCUUCAGAAAUAAGUCUGACAUUAACCUGACAAGGUAUGGAAUUUACAAUUCAAUUGAAACAAUUGUCAAUGAACCUUGUAUUCUUAGUUAG